GUUGGGAGGAGAGGCUACCGCUCAGCUACACAGAUGAACAACAGGAAGGAGGACAUGGAGAUCUCCUCUCACUACCGUCAGCUCCUCCGAGAGCUCAACGAGCAGAGACAGCAUGGCAUCCUCUGUGACGCCUGCGUCAUCGUCGACGGCAAAAUAUUCAAGGCCCACAAGAAUGUCCUCCUUGGCUCCUCGCGCUAUUUCAAGACCCUCUACUGCCAGGUUAAGAAAGGGGCUGAACCUCAUCACCAGACCACUGUCACUCACCUGGACAUUGUCACCGCAACGGGCUUCAAAGCCAUCUUGGAUUUCAUGUACUCUGCACACCUGGCGCUGACCAGCAAGAACGUGAUUGAGGUGAUGUCGGCGGCCAGCUACCUGCAGAUGACAGACAUUGUCCAAGCCUGCCAUGGCUUCAUCAAGGCCGCGCUCGAUAUCAGCAUCCGCUCUGAAAUGGCUGACGAACUGGCCGACUUUGAGAUGGGAGCUGUGGCAGCUGCCGGCAUAGCGGGAGGAGGAGGAGCUGGUGGAGGCGGCGUGGGUAUUGUUGGAGGUGGAGGUAUUGGAGGUGGGGCGCUGGGAGGUGGAGGUGGAGGUGGAAUAGUAGGCAUGGCUUCUGAAGCCCUGGCCUCCAUAAUGUCUGGUCGCAGCACCUCUCCGUGGUUGGGCCGUCGCACCAGCCCUGCCAACUCAUCUGGAGACUCCGCCAUCGCCAGCUGCCACGAGGGAGGCAGCAACUAUGGCAAGGAAGACCAGGAGCCCCCGAAGAGUCACGAGAGCCAGGAGGAGAGCUGCCACGACUCUCAGCCUGCCUGGCCACAUGACUACCGGCCCGUCACUGUCAAAGAGGAGCAGGUGUCCCCCGGCUCCUCCUCUCAUCCUCGGGAUGCCCCAAGGGGAGCAGUUCAAAGCCAGGGGGAGCAGGGGACAGGAGGGGCAGGAGGUGGAGGAGGAGGAGGAGAAGGGCAGUGGCAGCCCUCUGGGUCAGGCCGGAGGAAGAAUAGGAAGAACAAGGACACGGUCAGACACAUCACCCAACAGGCAGAGCAAAAUGGGGACAGAGAGAGAGACAGAGAGAGAGACAGGGACAGUAGGCCCGGAUCCCCACUGCCCUCCAUGUUAGCUGUGGCUGGAUGGAACUACAACGGACAAGACAUUCCAGGUAAGGCUGAUUCACAAUGUCUUUGUUCCUCUCUUUACUGUCACAGUUUUAAUCAGAAAAAAAAUGUGCAUAUACCAUGUAACUCUACUAUGCAAGACUAUAUGUAAGCAUAUGUACAAAUUAAGGUCAGUUCUGGUUGCCCAGAA